GCUGCUCUCCUCCUCCACCUCGCCGAGUCGCUGCCACAUCACAUCCCCCUCCUCCUCACAAACUCCCUGCUGCUCGUCUUCGCUGCUUCUAGGCUUCUAGCCCGUCGACGUCGCCUUCGCCCUCGCCGCCAACGACGCCGACGUGUUGCCGCAGCCGUACCGUAGAGCGGAGAGAGGUCCACGGGUGGUGAGGCCGGCCGUAGCGGGCGGAGGGGGGAGGCGGGAUGGAGGGAGGGCGAUGAGUGCGCGGCUGCGAUGAGGACGAUCUGCGAUGUGUGCGAGAGCGCGGUGGCGGUGCUCUUCUGCGCGGCCGACGAGGCCGCCCUCUGCCGCUCCUGCGACGAGAAGGUACAUCUGUGUAACAAGCUUGCUAGUCGGCAUGUAAGGGUUGGGCUUGCAGACCCUAAUAAAUUAGUACGCUGUGAUAUAUGUGAAAAUUCUCCUGCUUUCUUCUACUGUGAUAUAGAUGGUACAUCACUUUGCCUGAGUUGUGAUAUGGCUGUUCAUGUUGGUGGGAAACGAACCCAUGGAAGAUAUUUGCUGCUAAGACAAAGGGUCGAAUUUCCAGGAGAUAAACCAGGGAAUAUGGAUGACGUACCUAUGCAGCAGAUAGAAUCUGAAAACCAGAGGGACCAAAAUAAGGCUCCUCAUUCAGUACCGAAGGAGCAAAUGGUGAGCCAUCAUCAUGCCUAUGAUAAUCAUGCCUCAGAUGGCAAUUGCAAUGGGCAGGGUAACAUUGAUUCUAAAAUGUUUGAUCUUAAUAUGAGACCAGCUCGUAAUCAUGGGCAAGGUUCGAGUUCACAGACUCAGGCAGUUGAUCAUAGUGCCAACAACCAUGACUCUUCAGGAGUGGUGCCAACAUGCAAUUUGGAACGAGACACCAACAAAUAAGCACUGGAAUAUCUGAAUGUAAAUUUUCUCAGUUGUUGGUACAAACAUUUCUUCCGCACCGGGAGCUUGAAUCAGCUUUAGCCUUAGUGGCCGGGCUGAAUGUGUUGUUGCCGCGACCUUAGACUAUGUAUUAUUUUCUAAUACAGCUGAAGCUAACGACUGCAUGCUGAUUCGGCGUGGCAUGCCUUUGACGCUAUGUAUCGUUGUGGACUCUUCUUGUGAAUCUCAGGAAUGGUUGUGUGUUAUCAGGAACUGUACAAAGGAACAAUAUAUCUCAUUUUCUGUGUAUACCAUUUCAGAAUUAAUUAAGAUGUUUUUUAUUUCAGAA